GUUUUCUACCUGAAUAAGUCCUGGCCGGGAAAACGGACGAACUGUUGACAAACUACAAAACCCACCAUGCAGUAUUGUAUAUCCUAGUUACGGCAAACAAACCGGGGAAAAUCUGUUGGUGAAUUAACCGUAUAUGUUUCUGAAGUGCAUUUAGUAAAAAAAAAAAUCAUAUCUCUAUUAAUAAGCGAAAAAUGGAGGAGUCGAAAGAUGACUGCGGAACGAAGGCGUUUGUGAAAGGACUCACGUUGGGAGUGACUCGUAUACUGGAGAGUCUUCCAGGUGUUCAAGAUGUGAAAUUUGUCCCACGAGAGCCAGCAGAGAGACACAGGUUGCUGUCCUGGGAGCAGAGGCAUAACUGCAUACUACCUGAUGACCUCAAGGAUUUCUACCUCACCCUGGAUGGCUUUCAUCUUACUUGGAGUGCAAAAUUUGAAGGCAUUUCUGUCCCUGUAGGCUCAAUGGUGAUAAACAGUUUAUCUUAUCUGAAGUUUCUUAGUGAGAACUCUUUAUACAGUCUGCCAAAUGCUCCCACUCUUAUGGAUCUGGAAGCUGAAUCAGAUGGAGAAGGAAUGGAUAACCAUCCAGAGAAGCCACAUUUUGAUUACAGAAGCCGGAUAUUUGAGCUAGAUUCCUGCAGUGGAAAUGGAAAAGUGUGCCUUGUAUAUAAGAAAACACAACCAGGGGUGUUAGCUAAGCAAUGUGAAGUGUGGUUCCUAGAUAGAGCACUUUACUGGCAUUUCCUCACGGAUUCAUUUACGGCCUAUUAUCGAAUUAUGAUUACUCACUUGGGUCUACCAGAAUGGCAGUAUAGGUUCACAAGUUAUGGACCUGGACCAAGGGCAAAGCAGUGGUCAUGUCUUUACCAACCCCUAACAUCAACUUGUGAAUUACAGACUGGAGUAUCAGCCCUAAACCAAUUUGACCCAAAUAAAGCAUUCCGGAGCAAAACAAAGCCACAAGUGUCGAAGAAGAAGCCCCCAACUCAGCAUAUUGGAGCUCCACAAAAAACAACUGUGGCAUCCACUGUGGGAAGGAUCACAGCUCCCCGAAAGUAAUGCCUGAAUGUGCUGUUUUAGAGGGGAAUUGCUCUUAAUCAUUAUAAACUCCUCGUAAUGCUAACUGACUAAACAUUAUUUGAAUUAAUUACGUACUUAAACUCCUAGACUCUUUUUUAAAGCUUGUAAUUUAUUUUUGUGUUUAUUUGCUUAUUUAUUAAAUACAUCAGAAAAAAAGAGAAUGCUAUAAUAUUUAUCAUUAUUCCAGGCCUUUCCAUAGUAUUUUUGUAGAAUUUAUUAUUUUACAAUUUUUGAAAAGAAAUGCUGUAAGAGCACAUUUUCUGCUUUUAUAUGACACUCUGUUCUGUGACUUGUGCAUAUGGACUACUCCCCUGUACACAUGUCAAAAAGUUAUUUUUUAUUCUUCAAAAGCAAAGAGAAAGAUCUGUACUUGGGCUUUUUUCUUUAAUAUGUUUCUUCUGCUGCUCAACUGAAGGGUGAUGCAUUUCAAUGAACACUUUGUAGAUUAGGACUCCAAUCACACUGCCAAACAUUGGUGCAACAACAGGGAUCCACCACCAGUUAUUUCCUGCACUGUAGAGAGAAAAUGCAAAAUACAUAUAAGAUGUAUAGUUUAGUCAGCUCUUCUCAUUUAAGCCCUUGCAACAAGGAUCACAAUUAAAGAACACAAAAGGUUCUGGUGACCACAGGCUUUGAAUAAGAAAUUAAUGAUUGGAGAAACAAGUUAGGCAAGGGAGGAUGAGUAGUUCUUUCACUAGACAGGGACUGAAUCCAAUGGAAGAGAGAUUUUUGUUCUCUUAAUAAAAUACAAUUAAGUAGCCUUUCAAAUGAUAAAAACUUAGAAAGUAAAAGUAACAAUUUUCAGAUACCAAGCAUCUAUAUAUAAGCCAUAGAUUGUUUCUCUAAUUUCACAGCAUUAUUGUGAGUUAAGUUUAACAAGAUGUUUAAGUAAGGGCCAGAAAUCAUACUCUUCAGUUUAUUUUGUGGAACUCUGCCUACACAAAAUUAAUUCCAGAUAGUUUGACACAGUAGAGCAUGCAGUAGUAUUUUAAUCCUUGACCUGGACAUUGCCUUUAUGGAGUCUGCCUGUGUUCUCGUAUGUUUGUUCUGGUUAUGCUCCUCACAAAUCUAAAACGCAUUCAACUUAUGUUAAUUGGAACUGGUCCUCUUUUCUAUAGUACUGUAUUCCCCCAUAACUUAGAUAUAAAAUUAAAACAAUAGAAUAUAAUUCAAUGAAAACAAAAUAGUGUCAUUAUGAACA